AUGAAGGUCCCCAAGCUGGACAAGGCGGCCGCCGCCGCCAAGCCGGGCAAGGGCGCCACCGCCAAGCCGGAUAAGGCCGCCGUGCGCGCCUCGUUCCAAGCACCCACCGCGCGCGCCGCGCUCCGGGACCUCGACAUCGAGGAGCGUACGAGCGGGUGCGGCGCGAGGCGGCGACCGGGCGGGGCGGCGUGGGGCGGCGACCGUGCGAUGGCGGCGCGGGCGCGGCCGUCGAGGUGCGGCAUGCGAGCUCCCUGCCCUCCCCCGCGGCCCCCGCCUCGGCCGGCCGCAGCCGCAGCGGCCGGCGUCCGAGCGAGGCGCGGCCCCGGGCGCGCGAGGCGAGGCGCGGGCGUGGUGGGGCGGCGCUCGGCGGUGCGGCCUUGCGGGGACGAGGCGGCGCGCGGCGAGGGCGGCGAGGCAGAGGACGGGCGGCGCGCGGCGAGGGCGGCGAGGCGAGGGACGGAGCGGCGCGCGGCGAGGCGAGGCACCGGGCGGGCGUCGUGGGGCUCGGCUCGGGCGGGGCGAGGGCGGCGCGGGGCGCGGCCGUGGUGGGCGGGCGACGGCGGCGCGGGGCUUGGCCGUGGCGGGCGUCGCGGGGCGCGGCCGUGGCGGGCGGUGCAUGGAGGGGCUCGGCCGUGGCGGGCGGUGCGGGGAGGGGCUCGGCCCGGGCAGGCAGCGGGCGGCGGAGCUCCACAGCGCGGCGGCGCCGCUCAUCACCGUUUCGGCCGCGGCGACCUCCGGUAG